CCGGCCCGCUCCGACAGGGGUCCGGCCGGGAGGGGGGCGGCCUCCCGUUCGGUGUCGGAAGGGUGAAUAUUUGCCGGAAACCCGGGCGUUUAUUCCACUUGGCAGAAGCGCGGGGGGUCGGGGAGGGGGCAUGGGUGCGACGGGCGGCACGCGGUGCCCGGGGAAGGGGGUGAAGAGCGGGGCCCGAUGUGCCCGCUCGCCGCUCGACUGCCGGAUCCGCUACCCGGCGGCUGCCGCCGUGAGUCACCCCCGGCCGCGGCAGCGUCAGCCUCGCCGCGGCGUUGGCAGCCAGACGAGCCGCGGCGCGGAGCCGCCGCUGUCCUCGGAUGAACCCGGCGGGGCUGCCAGCGCCAGCCGAGUGCGCGCAAGGCGAGAGCCGAGGCUGUGCCGGCGCGGCGGCGUGCGACACCCCUGCGGCGGGGAUGGCGGAGACGGGGCGGGGGGCGGGAGCGGGGGGGCAGCCCCUCGGCGGCCGGGCCGGAAAGGUAAGCGUGGGACAGGGAAGGUGCGGCGGGGGCACGGUCACGCAAAAGGCACGGUGCGGGGGGAGGCGCUGCCCCCAGGGCCCCGCGUCCCCGAGGACGUGGCUGUGGCUGCCCAGGGCGAGGGGAGGAGGCGGAGGGGGGCGUGGGGGGCGAAAGCCCCUCCGCUCUAGGCACGGGUCAGAUGGCUUCCGACAGCGGGGAUGCCCGUCGGUGCGAAUGGCAAACGCCACCCGGGCCCUGUCCUGUUGAAAAAAAGAAAAAGACAGCAUCCUCUGCCCCGCGGCGCAAAGAUCCGGCUCCUCUGGGGCGAAAGGUGCCUCGUUGCCCAACAGCCUUAUCUCCCUUCUCCCGGCCGCGGGGAGCGGCAGGAAAUCGGGGCAGCUGCCGGCAGCUGCUGGCGAUGUCUCGAAAGCCGCAAGCAGGGUCACGGCCGCUGCCGCGCUCCCACCGCCGUGUCCCGAGGUGGCGUAACCCGGGGAGAGGGGUUCAUGGGCUUAUCCACAGCCUCUUCCUUUGCUCCCACCUGUCAUCUCUAGUUUUUCUUCAUUUCUUUGCUGUCCGCCCACCCCAUCCCCUACAGCUGGAGCGACCGAGUCCCUAAGGACAAGGCAGGUUGCCCACGCGAAAGCACGGAGAGUUUGAACCCCGGGAGGACAUCUUCUGCCCUCUGCCCCCGACCCGGGCGUUCCCAGCGCCGAGCUUUCCGCGGGGCUCUCGACGAGCCCCGGGCACCGGACUGGGCUCCGCCGGGGGCAGUGGGGCGCCGAGCUCCCCCCGAGGAGCCGCGCUGGGAGAAAUACAGAUGCAAAAGCAGGACGUGGGUAAAUGAGAGAAGAUAAGGUAUUGCUCCUGCAAGCAGAACAUCCUGUCUUCAGAAUGGAAAGACCUCUGUGCUUUUGUGGACUUCAUGGCCUGCCAGAUGGAGACGGCUCCAAGUAACACUGAGAUCUUAUUGCCGCAGAAAACCAAGGAGAGCUAUAACCCCAAGUACUGCAGGUGUAGGAGGGAGUACUUGCUCGGAUGAUGAUUCAUGUCAGCAUCUGAAUAAAUAAGGUCAGACAGCCAGAGAUUAUUCCAGUGAAGGGGAGUUGAUUUGUUUGGGGGGCAGAAAGGAGGGGCUGUUUGUUUGUUUCGUAUCAUUAUACUGUAACCCUGGCCUACUCUGACUUGUUUUUGGUUUUUUUUCCCAAGAUUCAGUACUCAUUUAUUUUAAUUAAGACCUCCGUUCAGCAGAACAUAUAACUGGUUGUAGCCUACCUGAACUGGAAUAGCUGUAACAAAAGCAUAAAUCCUAGUGUUAGCAUCCACUGUGUAGUCAGCAUAAUGUAGCCUUUGUAAACUUAUCUGAAA